AUGGCUGGAUCGAAGAAAGAUCUAGAGGCUGAGGUGCCUGUGCAUGUUGAGCAUACCGUUGGAGUUCAACAGAAUCACGACGAUGUGUUUGGCGAGCUCUCUGACGAUGCCCCCAACUUCCGCAAUGUCGGCUUCAUUGGAACGAUCAUUCUCAUGAUGAAAUCUCAGAUCGGCCUCGGAGUUCUCGCUAUCCCAUCUGCUUUCGAUAUCCUGGGCAUGGUCCCAGGUAUCAUCUGUCUGUUUGUUAUGGCCUUCAUCACUACAUGGUCUGGGUAUAUUAUUGGAACGUUUAAAUUGAAGCACCGAGAGGUUUACAGUAUUGGCGAUGCUGGUGGGAUCAUGUUUGGCUUACCUGGUCGGAUUUAUCUGGCCAGUGGAUUCUGUCUUUUGGAUCAGCCAUACUCAUGUCUCAGUCAUGCAACCUGUACCGCUGUGUUUGCUGCCGUCGCAGCCAUCGUUGGGUUUGGCUUCAGUAGCAUUCGGACCUUAGGUCGUAUUACAUGGCUUGCAUGGGUUAGUCUACCAUGUAUUAUCACUGCCGUUAUUACCGUCACGAUUGCAGUUGGAAUACAGGAUCGUCCUGCUGCAGCACCGGCAACAGGUGGUCCCUGGGUGUCCGAUUGGAAGGUUGUUGGCAAUCCUUCUUUCGCAGAAGGAAUUGCGGCGGCCUCUAGUCUUUUAUUUGCUUUUUCCGGCACGCCUGGAUUUUUUUCCAUCGUUUCGGAGAUGAGAAAUCCCGAACGAUAUCCUGCAGCUAUGGCUACCUGCCAGGCCGGUGUCACUGCCGUAUAUGCUAUCAUUGGUGGCGUAAUCUACUAUUACUGCGGCAGUUACGUUUCUUCACCGGCACUCGGUUCAGCUGGCGGUGUUAUCAAGAUCGUCAGCUACGGAUUUGCAUUGCCCGGGCUUCUCGGUACUAUGACAAUUGUUACACAUAUACCCUCGAAGUUCAUUUUCGUUCACCUAUUGCGCGGCUCUAAGCACUUAAGCAGCAAUACGCCAACGCAUUGGAUGAGUUGGUUUGGGUGCACAUUUGGCGUGACGGUGAUAGCCUGGAUCAUUGCCAGUACGAUUCCAGUCUUUAAUGCUCUGGUGUCCCUUAUUGGUGCCUUGCUUGGGCCGGUCUUGUGUAUUCAGCCGAUGGGGGCUAUGUGGUUAUACGAUAACUGGGAAAAGGGUAAGAGCCAAAAGAAGACCAAAAGUUGGAUUCUUGGCACUGUGUGGAGUGUUACCCUGAUCAUAUUGGGGGUGUUCCUCAUGGUGGCUGGGACAUACGGUUCAGUUUUGAGUAUCAUGACCGCCUAUAGUGAAAGCGGAGGCUCGGUGGCUUUUUCGUGCGGCGACAACUCCAAUUCUACGUGA